CUCUCCCCAAGUUCCAAAAAUCCAGCCGCCGGCAGCAAGCAUCCCGGCGGCGGCCAGUCGCCGCGACCUCUAGCGUCCGGCGUGCGCAUCCUCCCUCCGGCGACGCGGCUGCUCCUCCCUCCAGAGGCACGGGCACGCGGCGCUGCUCCUCCCUCCGGCGGCCCGGCCUUCGCAGGCGCGCGGCGUCCUCUCCCCUCCGCCCCUCGUUCUAGGCAGAGCGCUCCAGUGGAGGAGGAGCCGGCCAGCCAACCUCCUCGCUGCUUUAUUUGAUUUGUGCUUUGUUUGACAGCAAUUGAUUUGUACCUUGUUUGCUUUGUUUGAUGUACUCCUAUAUUAGUUGAUCUGUGGAAUUUUCAAGUCCAAAUCGGCGCCUCUAAUUUUCCUUCUGCCUUGUUUGCUCCGUUUGUUUGCUCCGUUUGAGAUAUUUGUUGACUGGGGUCGGGUAUACCCGCAGACCCGCAUCGAGGCCGGAUCUGAUAAAUUUUUAGACCCGGUAUCAACCCCGAAUCCGGCAGGUGCCAUCCAUAUCGGCACACACCUGUCUGAUUUGCCAUUUUUUGCCUCGUCGACAAGUGUAAAAACAUCAAGUUCGAGAUGAGGCUCUCCUCGCCCAAUCUCCGGCAAGCCUCCGGCGCCACCCUCGCGGCAGCACUCGGCAAGAAUUCCUUGAGCUCCCUUAUCCAUGGCCGGCUCAGGUUCAACCACACGUUGCUGCAUACAACAAACAACCGUGUCAAGAGGACAGAAGGAUGGGCGGUGCGUGUGAUGCCCCUGACGGAGGAGAACGUGGAGAAGGUGCUGGACGAAGUCCGGCCAAGUCUGAUGGCCGACGGCGGUAACGUGGCACUGCACGAGAUCGAUGGCCUCGUCGUCGUUCUCAUGCUCCAGGGGGCCUGUGGCUCCUGCCCCAGCUCCACCAUGACGCUCAAGAUGGGCAUCGAGACCCGCCUCCGUGACAAGAUCCCCGAGAUCCUUGAAGUCGAGCAGAUCCACGACACCGAGACCGGGCUCGAGCUCAAUCUGGAGAACGUCGAGAAGGUGCUAGAUGAGAUCAGGCCAUACCUUGUCGGCACUGGAGGUGGAAGCCUUGAUCUAGUUCAGAUCGACGGUUUUGUCGUCAAGAUUCAAAUCAGUGGACCUGCGGCAAGUGUAAUGACAGUGCGUGUAGCUGUAACACAAAAACUGAGGGAAAAGAUACCAUCAAUCCUGGCUGUUCAGUUGACAGAGUAGAAACAUAAAAUCAGUUGUGCAUCAAUCAAGGGAAAGGAAGGCAAUCAGCAUUCUGAUGACAUUUCGAUGUUCAGUUCUUCAGUCAUUUAGUUCUGAAUCAUCACUGCAGUAAAAUACUGAACAUGUCAAUAUAGUUGUUAUGCACAAGAUUUUGUGAUUAUGAGAGAACAAAACUUACAGCACUGUUAA